AUGAAGAUUUCUACAACCAUCACACUGCUUGCAUGUGCCACCAGUUCCGUGCUUGCAUUAAACCCCAUUGUGAUCAAAGGAAGCAAAUUCUUUGAUUCAGUGACUAAAGAACAAUUCUUCAUCAAAGGUGUCGCAUAUCAGCCUCGAGGCCAAGUGUCCGACAACACACCCGAUCCCUUGACUGAUGCCACUGCCUGCGCACGAGAUGCACCUCUGAUGGCAGAACUUGGCACCAAUGUUCUCCGUGUUUAUGAAGUUGACCCUAGAAAGGAUCACGAUGCCUGUAUGAAAAUAUUUGCAGAUGCAGGCAUUUAUCUGCUGCUGGAUAUUGCCACACCUCAUUUCUCUAUCAACCGCAAAUCACCUGAAUACGGCGUUCAUUUGUACGAUGCCUAUAAAGGCACAGUCGAUGCAUUCUCCAAGUAUGACAAUCUAGUGGGCUUUAUUGCUGGUAAUGAAGUGACAAACGACAAAACCAAUACACAAGCUUCUGCCUACGUCAAGGCAGCUCUACGUGAUAUCAAGCAUUAUAUCAAGAACUCAAAGCAAAGAAACAUCCCCGUCGGUUAUGCAAGCAAUGACGAUGAAUACAUUCGUGAUGACAUCAAGGAUUACUUCAACUGUGGUGAUGUUGAGUCUCAGGCUGAUUUCUUUGGCGUCAAUCUGUACGAAUGGUGUGGUGUUUCGACAUUUGAGAAAUCAGGCUUCAAGGAUCGCACCAAAGAAUUUGAAAACUACAGCAAACCCGUCUUUCUCUCAGAAUACGGCUGUAAUCUAGUAACACCCAGAGGCUUCACUGAAGUAGCUGCCAUCUACGGACCUGAGAUGACCGAUGUUUGGUCAGGUGGCGUUGUAUAUGAAUGGACGCAAGAAAACAAUAGAUAUGGCCUCGUCAAGAUCGCAACUUCGGGAGAAGCAGAAGUGCUGCCAGACUACACAAACCUCAAGGAACAGAUGGACAAGGUGAAGCCCAAGGGUGUCAAGAUGGACGCUUACAACGACCAACGACCAGCCUCUAACUGUCCUGCUAUCAGUGCCAACUGGAAGGCAGCCUCUGAAUUACCACCCACGCCCUCUGGCGGUGCCUGUGAAUGUAUGGUGCAGAACAUGAACUGUGUUGCAUCUGAUAAAGUGAGCAAUAUUCCCGGUCAAACUGGCAACAGCACGCUUGGUAGUCAAUUAGAUACCAUGUGCGGCCUCGUCUCUUGUGCUGAAAUUAGCGGCGAUGCUGAAAAGGGCGUCUAUGGCGCAUUUUCAUUCUGUUCUCCCAGAGAUAAACUUAGUUGGCUUUACAACUUAAGGGCCAAGGAAUCGAUGAAAGUGUCGCCCACCGACUUUUGUAAUUUUAACGGCCUUGGUCAAGAGAUUUCCCCCAAACGAAAUGACCUCACUGCUUGUGCAAAGAUUGCCCCUAAUAUGGAAGGUGUUACUGACGAUGGUACCUUUAAUACGCUCCCAUCAUCUGGUGCACAAAAGGCCGCUCAAAAGAUGAUUUACGGUGAUACAUUUGUGGCGUCUGUUGUAUGCGUACUUGCUGCUGCCUUUUUCAUGUGA